UCGACCCUCUCAAAAGAAGCUUUUGACGCCACAAAACUCACCGGUUUCGACACCACUUCCCUUUUCACAUCACAUGUCACCGAUCACCAACUCCUCUUCCUCCUCGUGUCGUCGUCUCCCUCCUCGCUCAUGGACUCCCACGGCGUCGCCCUCGCCACCGCUCUCGCCGUCUCCGGCACGAUGAUCCUUCUCGCCCUCUGCCGGGCCAAGACUUUCUCCCUCCCCGCCGCCUCCGCCGUCCUCCCCCGCAACUCCGCCCCUCCGUGGUGCCCCCCGCGCUCCUGCAUCUCCUCCGCCGACGACAGGAAGAAGAACAAGAAGAACAAGAGGGUCCAGUUCGCCUCCGAGGUGGUGGAGUUCUACGUUUCCUCCCGCAAUGAUGCGUCGGCGGCGUCGGAGGAGGUAGAAGAGGAGGUGGAGGAUCGGCGGCCGCCUCCGCGGAUGCCGGCGAACAGGGUGGCCUUGUACAAGGGGCUCCUCCGUGAUCGGGAGACGCAGCGGGUCGCCUGCUGUUAUUGAUCCGAUCCACCCCCUCUCCUUCUCCCUCUUUUCCUCUUUUGGAACAACAACAAGAAUCACACCGCCUCCAUCGCCGGUAACUAGAUCUGUCUAACCCUGUAAUUAGUCGCCGAUUUGGUUUGUGAAACGAAGAUUAGUUUUUACCUGUGCAAAGUUUCGAUCGGAAUUGGAGUCGAUGGUGGGGGUUGAAUCUGGAAGGUGUCGAUGAGGUAUGUAAAUAAAUAUUGUUUUUGUUUUGUUUUGCUUUUU